AUGGCAUCGUGGGUUGCAGAGGAUUUGGUACAAACAGAGGGCAAGAAUGAAGCUCCAGAAGAUGAUGCAGAGAGGUGUUUAAAUCUGUUGAUAGGCCAGGGAAUGGUUCAAGUGACAAAGAAGAAGCUUAAUGGGAAUGUUAAAAGUAUUCGCCUGCCUAAUGCCCUAAGACAAUACUGGUUAUCCAAAGCUCAACAAGCCACAACUCUCAGAGAUCAUAUUUACACAAGAUCUGAAUUGUUCCUAGGCAAUGACAUGAUCCGCCAUCUUGUUGAUCAUCUUGACAGAAAAGAUAUAAGCUUUGUUCAUAUCCAUGGUGGUUGCGACACAAGUUCAGCUUCUUUGACACAUUACUAUCAAGAUGUCCUCUCUUUUCGGUCCUUUGAUACUCGAAGAGAAAGCAAACCAGGAGAAGAGGUAGGGAACUUUUUGCGGCGAUGCAUUUCUAGUAGUUGCUUCCUAUUACUGCGAGUGCUUGAUCUUGAAAAUGUAUUUAGACCUAAUUUGCCCGAGGCACUGGGGGAACUAACUCAACUAAGGUACCUCGGCUUGAGAUCUACAUUCCUUGAGAUGCUUCCGUCAUCCAUAAGCAAGUUGCAGAAUCUUCAGACUCUGGAUCUAAAGCAUACCAACUUCAGCACUCUUCCUAAUUCAAUCUGGAAGUUACAACAGCUACAACACUUGUACUUCAGUGAGGGUUAUCAAAGUAAACUUAAGCCCCGGCUAAGUAUUGGUUCUCUUACAACCCUCCAGACAUUGUGUGGGCUCUUUGUAGAUGAGGACACUCCAGUAAGAGAUGGCCUAAACAGGUUACUUAAUCUUAGAAAAUUGGGAUUGACAGUGUCAUCUCAACCAAAGGCAAUGUCAUCACAACUACAAGUAGUAGCUGACUGGGUUCUAAAUCUGAACCAUCUCCGUUCUUUAAGGGUCAAAUCUAUUGAUUACAAUAACCAGCCUUGGGAUCUAGAAUUGAAGCCUUUAACAGGUAACCUGAGCCUUUCAUGCCUUUAUUUGUUUGGACGGUUGAGGAAUCCAUCACUUGUGUCUCAAUUCCCUCAUAGUCUCAUCGACCUUACCUUAUCUGGGUCAGAACUUACAGAAGAUCCAAUGCAAUCACUGGAUAAGCUUCCCAACCUAAAAAGUCUUAAAUUGUUUGCCAAAUCUUAUUUAGGGAAUAGCAUGCUUUGCUCUUUGGGAGGCUUUCCUCAGCUUCGAGUUCUUAAACUAUGGAAGCUGGAUCAACUGGGGGAAUGGAGUGUGGAGAAAGGAGCACUGCCAGCUCUUCGAGAUUUAGAGAUCAGGUACUGUGAAAUGCUGCCAAUGCUUCCUGCAGAAUUGCAACACAGGACUUUCUUGAAGAUUGAAGUGCAACCUGCUAGGUGA